CUUGCCUGUACUCCUUCAACAUCCAGAAGUAAGGCAUAUAUUAAACAGAGAAGAUUUCAGAGACGUCACAGAUGCCUUCUAUCAGUAUGUUUACAUUGAACCGUGCCAUUGGCGUACGUUCCUUGCAAGCUCGUUAUAACAAUCGUAUUAUUAUUUUAAAUUGAAAUUAUAUCUUUAAACUUGAUCAUAUUGUCAGACGGGAUGCUUUUUCUUUCAGCCUGUUCUGAAAGUAUGGAGGGUUCAGAGCCUUCAAAACAGAGUUCGAAAAUGACCGAAUCAUCUACCAAUGAUUGGAAAUCUAAUUCAAACAUUUAUCGAGCAAUUGAGGUAUCUUAGUUUGUUAGAAAAUCACACUUCGACUAAUAUUUGUAUUCAUUUCAGAUUCUAAAUGGUUAUACAGAAAUUCGAGAAAUAGUAAAACAACUAUGUCCACAAUAUUCAGAGCAGGCUCAAUUGUUUUUGGGAUAUAUGAAACAUUUUUUUGAACACACAUUAAAACGCAUUUCCACAUCUCCAGAAGAAUACAGGGCAAAAGAGCUGCGCUACAGAAAGCUUUGGAGAGAGAAUGAAAAAGCAAAGACGGAUCUAAAAAUAUUGGCAGCAGUAUUGGAGGAGCAAAGAAAACAACAUGACAUGGAAAUGGAAUUGAUAAAUUCGCAAUGUGAAAAAGAUUUGGCAACUGUAACACGAAUAAACAGAAAAUGCAAAGAAGAUGUGAAUUAUACCAUAAUUAGAACAGAGCGGAAAAUGAUGAUUGCUUACAAGGCAUCUGAGAUGAAACAGAAAGAGAUCCGAGAAGAUGUAAGCAAUGCCGAAUUUCACCUAAAAAAGAUUCGAACGUUGAACCUUGCCUUGGAAAAGGAAGCUCGUGAUAAAAGGUUCAAGAUUGAAUCACAGCUUUUGGGUAUAAUCAACAAGUAUGACACAGAAAUUGGUGAAAAACAAAAACAGAUGGAGUUACUCAUUGUACAAUUUGAGACAGAUAAAAAGAAAAAGGAAGAUUUAGAGGCUGAAAUAGAGAGACAAGCAGAUUUGUAUGACACUUUUAUGAAAGAGAAACAAGAUACAGAAGAUGCAAUAAUCAAUGAAAAAUUAGCAAAGUUAAUGAUGACUCGCGCAGUAAAAACUAUUCAGCGAUGGUGGCAUUCAAUGCGAGAAAAGCGUAAGGCUAAGAUAGCUAAAAAGAAAACGAAAAACAAGAAACUUAAGAAGAAGAAAUAAACGUGACUGAUGUUGUAUAGUGUAGUAACUGGCAAGUACUUUACGUGGCAUAUUUAACGCACCUUUGGGACAUCUCUAAUACCUGAGUACAUAAUUUCUUAUUAAUACUUA